AUGUCCGCAUCCGCUUCUGCUGUCAUUUGCUCUGCCCUAGCUGGUCUAGGGUUCUCCUCCCCCGCUCUCGACGCUAUGUGCUCGCUGGCCGAGUACAAGCAGUACACCAGCGGCGAGGCACACAAGGUGUCCCGCCGGUGUGGCUCGAGGGGCGGGGAGGGGAGUGCGCUCCCUUCGCCGUCGGCGGAAGAAAUAGUCUAUCCUCGUGAAAAAGCUCGCGCCCCAAAAGCCUCCCAUCUUUUCAUGGAGGUCGGCGACGAGAACGAGGACGGCUACGAAGCCGGAUGCGAGAGCGACCCCGAUGCUCUCGCACGCACGCGACACCUCCGGAGCAAGCGCAGACACAGUUCCAGUCGCGCUCGCACGGAGACUGUCGCGUCCCCCGGCACGAAGGCGUACGAUGGUCUCGGCCUAGGCCUCCCUUCGGAAGUCCUUCCUCAGCCGCACAGAAGACCAGCGUACGACUUCGAGGAGGUCGACGAUAUCCCCAAAAGCUCCACCUUGGUUGUGGAGAGGGAUAUCUGCCGCCCUCGGGCUGGGCGGGCGUGGGACAGCUGGCCGCCUGUCGCGCCGUCCCCGUCACUGCUGCCCAGUCCCACCCUGGCGUUUGGUCCGUCGCGGACCUGCCUGUCUCCGGGUAGCCCUGCGUGGCCUCGGGUGUCGAUGGCGCCGUCGCCGUCGAUGCUGCCGAGUCCGCGCUUUGCGUUCAUGGGUACUCCGAGGCGGCCGGCGUGGCCUCCGGUAGCACCGUCGCCGUCGAUGCUACCGACGCCUGUAUUCUGAUGCUAUGGCUUGCCUGGAGCAUUAAUGCCAC